AUGGCGGACCGUCGGCGAAGAAGAAGAAAUUCCUCACAUUCUGACUCCGAAAUCACAGACGAAGAGGCGUCUUCAGAUACCAUACCAGCCGAUUUAUCAAAGAGUAUAUCUGAGGGAGAUACAAAUUUUGAGAAAUCUGUGACGCCUCAGAAAGCAGAAGAAGGUGAACAUUCUGAGUACGAGAGUGCAGAAGAAGACCAGGAAGAAGGAGAAGAAGAGGAGGAGGAAACGGAAGAGGAGACAGAGGAGGAGACCGCUACAGAAGAGGAGACGGAGACUGAGUAUGGAGAUGAAAGUGUCGUGCUCGAGGAGUCAUACGAUGAAGAGUGCUUGGAGGAAGAACGUCAGAGUGGCGACGGACAGGAACAACCCGAUGAAAACAAGGAACGUCUCGAUGAUGAUGAGGAUAAGAAGAAUCCGGCGUACAUCCCGCGCCGUGGAGCGUUUUAUGAACAUGACACGAGGAUGUCUGAGGAGAAGUUUAAAGAAGAGGAACAAAGGCCAAAGAAGAAACUGUGGAAAGAUGACGGUAAAUGGUUACACGAUCGCUACACAGAUGAACAACAGGCACCGAAGUCGAGGGAGGAACUUAUAGCCAUGUAUGGAUAUGACAUCAGGUCAUGUGACAAGCCUCCAGAUGGACCACUGCCCCGAGGUCGUGGUGGGGGUCGAGGACGUGGGCCUCGAGGAAGACGGAAUCUUGGUGACUUUAUGGAUAAAGACAGACGCAUGGAUGACGGCUACAAUCGGGACAGGGAUUACCAAAAGCGCGAUCGGGAUUAUGAAAAUCGAGACCAAGAUAACCCAAAUAACCAUGGUGACUAUCAUUACGAGCGGCGUUUUGACCAGAACUCAGACUCUCGUAGUGAUUAUGAGAAUGUUCGACGUGGUGGCAGUAGAGGACGUGCUGGAGACAGGGGACGAGGUGGCGAUAGGGGACGAGGUGGACCUCGUGGCAGGGGGGGCAGGGGACAAUUUACAGAUCGUGGCAGGGGUGGCCGAGGACAGUUCUCAGAUCGUGGUCGGAGAACUGACAUGCAGAACUCUGGCGGACGUUUCAGAGAUCAUAACGAAAAAGAGAAUAACGAAGUGAUUCAUCGACAUGUUGAAGUGCAAAGUUCCCCAGAAACCAGGCAGGACAAUUUUGUUGUUAAUUUACAAUUUGAGCAGCCAGGGAAGCAAUCGGAGCAGUGGCCCACUCCUGAAGAGGCUGUGGCACCAAGGUCAAAGUCUGAGCCAAGGUUUGACCAGAGGUCAGAUCCAAGGUCAGACCAGAGGUCAAAUCCAAGGUCAGAACAGAGGUCAGAUCCAAGGUCAGACCAGCGGUCAGAACCAAGGUCACCUAGGGCAAACACGAGAAAGCAAUGGACUAAUAGUAGCUAUAAACCGAGAAAUAGUCAAGAUGCUCGAGGUGAUUCUCGUGGUCAAGGUCAUCAUGAGAAUGCUAAACCUGUUACCACGGUGACGACUGAUUAUCAACGUGAGACGCGAUCUGCUUCACCUGUUAGAGACACUAAUACGCCAACUGGUGUGAAUCAAGAAAAGAAGUCGUAUUCUCGGGAUCGGCACGCUAGGAAUUACACUGGUCGUCGCAGUCAAGAGGGCGGCCAUAGUAACCGAGUGAUGAACUUGGAACGGCAGAUUGAUAACAUGCGUUUGGAGGAGGAUGAAAGACGCUCGGAUCAGAAGAAGGAAAGGCAGAAUGCGAAUGAAAAGAAAUCUUCUCAUCCUCAAAAGUCUGGGCCUCCAGCUGAUCAAAAAGGAGCGCCACCUAUGGAUGCGACAUCUAAACAGGAUCCGAACCAGAGCCGUCCUAAACGCUACUCAUCACAGAGACAGCGUAACAUGGCCGACAUCAGCUACCAGUCGCAAGAGCAGCUGGCGUAUUAUGGGCCUGGAAGUGGUUACCCCCCUCCAUCGAUGUUCCCUUCAGGUGGCCCAGAGGUGAGCACCACCUAUCAGCCAUCAAUGAUACCACAGGGCGUUCCAUACACAGUGCCAGCCGGGGCCCAAGCACCUCAAGUCAGCACCCAAGCGAGGAUCUUCCCUCAACAACCAGUCUCCAUAGCACCUGGUAACCAGCCAGUGGCAGCCAACAUGUUACCGGGUCAGUUCGUCGCACCGAUGAUGGGCUACCCACCUCCACCGAUCAUGGGCCACCCAAUAGUUGGACAGAUUCCGGUGCCGAUAAGUGCCGCUUUACCUGUCAGUGCUGCGCCGUCACAGUCACUUCCUCCUCAGCCUGCCAACCAAUCACAGACAAACCGAGAGUAUAGCAGAGGUGGCACCACCUAUUAUCCACCUGAGGCACAACAGAUCGUCAGUCCCAAAAGAUCACCGGCAAGACGGCCGAAGGCAGCCAUACCCAUCGUAAAUCCACAGUUUCCUGAACAUGAGAGAAAGACAACUAGUCGUACUAGUUUAAGACAAUAACAGAGUAGAAAGGAUAUUAGGAGGGACAUGAAAACACACAGUGCAGCGACCAUCUUUGCGGCUGAUUCACCACCUCCACAAAGUCCGACGCUGAAGAUUAAAAUCGUGGCGGAGGCGAUGGAGACGAAAGUAUGAUAGGUGGCGUCACUACUGGGAUUCACAGACCAAGUGGAGGCAAAGGUCUUCAUUCAAAUGGACUGAUAAAAUGACUUGAUAAUGAAGACGAGGUCUAGAAAACUCUGACUUCAUGUAAAUCCUAUCGUUCUCCUCAUGAAAGAGAUGAUAGAUUGUGUUUUUGCUGUAGGAGUGAGUUGGCUGCAUGUACGCUGCUAGGUAGAUAUACAAGCAUCAUCAGAUGGACCAGUCCUUGGCCGAGAUGUCUUCUGAGAACAUUGCUAAUUACACUCAAGACAGAAUGUUGAGUAGAAGGAAGAAUCCAGGUUUGCUUUGCUAGUAUGUGCUUGGUUUGGGCUUUCCCACGACAAUUCAUGUGUUAUUCUCAAAAAGUAAACUUUAAAUUUUGUUUCUGUUUGAUCAUGAACAUACUGGUAUUCAGUCAGUGGUACUGCCAUUUUCAUCUUCUGUUGGUUUUACGAAUAUUUGUUGCAAUAUUUGGAUCAUUUGUUGAUCAGCGAGAUGCUGGGAUCUGAGGUUUUAUUGAUCGUGAUUC